AUGUCACCUCAUCCCCUUACGAAGGUGUCCGCUCGACUCCCUCAGGCGAGGAGGGAUUCCACGGUCCAAGACAUCCCAGCCCGCAGACUGCUGCUCAGGAGAACACUGGAACAGACGAGGAGCCCGACGCCAGGGGCCAGUCUGUGGAGCCAGCCGUGUCGCAUCCUGCGCCUCCAAGAAAGAAAAGCAGCACAAGUAGACGCGGCGCUGAAGGGACUGGCCAUUAUCGGUCUGCUGCUGGCGCGGGCGCAGGUGGCCCGGAUGCCGGUCCGAGCUGAGCUCCAGCUCAUCCGACCGAGCGGGGACCCGUCAGGAGACCGCGUUCGUUAUCUCUCGGCAGUGAAUCAGAAGUUGUGCUGGGCGCUACCGGAGGAGGCGCAGAAGCUCAUGGAGGUUCCGGUGAAGAGAUCCGCCAGCCUUUCGUCCCGCGACGACGCUGAUGCCGAGGAGUAA